UAGUCAUUUAGUUUUAAUUAAAUGGAGAACAGAAAGUGGGGAGAGACAGAAUCUGCUUGUUUUUCUUGCUGCUAUAUCCCCGGAAACAUUACCUAAAACAUUCCACAAUCCAAAAUGCAUUUAAUCGGAAAAGCACUGCGAGAGGGAAAUUAAUCUCCCGUUUUUCCUGCAUUUAAGAGCUCGAAAAGCCAUAGUAAUUAGUAAACCCAACAGGGCCAACACCCCACCAAUCCAUCGAGCGAGGGAGAAUUGUUUGUCUUGAAACCCCAACCGCGUUUCUUUCCCUUUUUCUUUUCUUUCACAAAUUUCGAUGCCGAGAAGAUGAACAAGCAGAAAUUUCAAAUAUUCGAUUCUCUUCCGGCCUAGUCAGAAGGAUUUCUCAUGGCAAAGCGAGUAUAUGAAGCUUGGAAGGGAAGCAAUAAAUUCUUCUGUGGUGGGAGGUUAAUAUUUGGACCAGAUGCAAGGUCAUUGAUUGUGACAGUAUUGCUUAUCCUUGUUCCUGUGAUUAUCUUUUGCACACUUGUUGCAAGGCAUCUUCGCCAUGAAUUUCGAUCAUAUAAUGCAGGAUAUGCAAUUCUGGUGGUAGCAAUUGUCUUUACCAUCUACGUGUUGGGGCUUCUUUUUAUUACUUCAUCCGGGGACCCAGGUAUUAUUCCACGUAAUUCACAUCCACCGGAGGAAGAGUUCUCUUAUGAAUCUUGUGCUUCAGUUGAAGUUGGUGGAAGGCAGACACCAAGCUUACAAUUCCCUCGGACCAAAGAAGUUAUGGUAAAUGACAUGCCUGUGAGGGUGAAAUAUUGUGAUACAUGCAUGCUUUAUCGACCUCCACGUUGCUCUCAUUGUUCCAUCUGCAAUAACUGUGUGGAGCGAUUUGACCACCAUUGCCCUUGGGUGGGCCAAUGCAUUGGAGUGCGCAAUUACCGUUACUUCUUUCUGUUUGUUUCUUCUUCGACCAUUCUUUGUAUCUAUGUGUUUGCCAUGUCAGCACUGUACAUUAAGAUCCUCAUGGGCAACUAUCAUAGCACAGUUUGGAAGGCAAUGAAAGAGUCUCCUGCAUCGGUGGUGCUUAUGGCCUAUUGUUUCAUUUCUCUGUGGUUCGUUGGUGGUCUCACUGGCUUUCAUUUAUACCUUAUAGGCACAAAUCAGACUACAUAUGAGAAUUUUCGUUACAGAGCUGACAACCGGCCUAAUGUCUAUAACCAAGGUUGUCUAAACAACUUCUUGGAGGUGUUCUUCACAAAGACAAAACCUUCAAGGAACAAAUUCCGUGCUUUUGUACAAGAUGAGGUACCUAGGCCUCCCACUAUUCGCACCCAAGAAUCAGAAGUAGAUGAAUCAGGUGGAGUCCGACGUGCAAAAGUAGAAGAUGAUCUUGAAAUUGGUGGAGAUCUGUUGAAGAUCUCCCAGCGUCAUAACUUUGAGGAAGUUGCUGAAGAUGUACGCAGCAGAGGUAGCAAUGGUCAACACCACGAGCCCACAGGGGCUGACUUUGUUCUGGGUUCAGACCCACAAGCGCCAGUUGCUCGACCAGAAACACGUCACUCCAGUUGGGGUAGGAGGAGUGGGAGCUGGGAGAUCUCACCAGAUAUUCUGAACAUGAACUCUGGGGUCACUGAGCAGAAACCUGUAGCACUGAAGGAAUAGCACCAUUUAGGUGUUGUCUUUUUCAGUUGAUUUCCUGUUAUCUGUACAAGCAACAAAUGCAGUGAACUGAUUGCUUCACUAAAGUCUGCUUGGUAGAACAGUCACAUUGGAAAUUUAUACACGAGCCCAUGGAAAUGAUUUAAUUGCCCACUUAAGGUAUAAAUCUUGUACUACCUUUUAUUUAUUUAUUUUUUUUUUUGAGGGGGGGGGAGGGUGCAUUUUCUUAUUUUUCUUUUAGAAGCCAGUGCAAAUGUGUGUCCAAGUAAUGAAGAAUGUAGGGGAAGUGUCUUUUGCCUUGUUUUUGUUGCCUUAUUUAUUUUGUCGAACUGUAUGCUAUAGGGAGGAUUUAUGAAUCAUGUAGCGAUGGGCCCUGAUUCUUUGUGUAAAUUAGCGCUACAGAAAAUGUGUUAAUGGUUC